AAUGAAAAAGUGGUUCUUGACAGAUUUAACCUGAAAAAAAUAACAAAAUUGGGCAGAGUGAAUUUCUAGAAUUCUCAUUUUAUUAAUUGUUCCAACUUUGAUUGCGCCUUCAUCAGAAUGGAAACACAAUUCUUAGAUCCUACGCCUGACAGAAAGCUGCUGGACCAUAAUUUUGAAGGCUAUAAGUUAACUCUUCACAAUACAAAAAUUAUCACAACUCAACUGAGUACCCCAGUUUUAAGAAUUAUACCCGGCCGUAAACACUACACUCUCCUCCAUGGUAUGGUGUUCGACAUGCAUAAUUGUCUGGUUGGUGAGAAAGCAAACACAUAUGAAAAUGUCUACUUCUUCGAUAGGAAUAAAAAUUUAAGAAAGGCUAGAUUGGAUGUUAUUCUGAGCAAACUAGAAAUAUGCAAAUUAUGGAAAUUUCCUGACCAUGAAGAAGUAACUAAUAAUGAUAAUAUCAUUUAUCACCCUUCCAUCAAAUUAAUCUCGGAAAAUUUAGCUAUAGCAAGUGAUGGUGUUAGAACUUUUUUCUUAUUAGAAACUGGUGAUCGAAGUACGGACAACAAAUGGGAAAUACUCCAUUCUGAAGAAUUACUACAAGGAAAAGGCUUCUACAUACAAGAUGCUGUAUUGAAAGAUUUAGAGCUUCAUGUUUUAUUGUGUAGUAUCGAAUUCGGUAAAAGAAGUCAUCUUGCUGUUCAUUGGAUAACAUUGAUCAAUGAAAGCAAUAUUUGGAGGCAGAAAUCAUUGAAAGAGCUUUGUGUGGAAGGAAAUGCACGUUAUAUCUAUUUAGAGAGAAGCUGUGAAGCAAUUUAUGUUGCAAGUACUAUUAGUUGUAGGUUUGUUUUUGAUUCUGAAAAUAUUAUAAUGGAUACAAGUGAUGCACAAAGAGAACAAGUUUCAAAACUAAAUUUCAAAUGGAGUCAAGAUUCAAACUAUGUAGCUAUACAUUUUAUUAUGCCUAAUGAUAUUGAAAGAGAGGAUGUGAAGGUUAGCUGUACAAGCUCAUACAUUACAGUGGAGUAUAAGAAUUCAAGUCUUCUAGACGGUGCCUUGUAUUCAGUUAUACAUACUGAGUUAACAACUAUUUCUAUUUCUAAAAAUUUGUUAGAAAUUACUAUGGCCAAAACUGAAGAAGGGGAUGAAUGGUCAAGUUUACUUAGAGAUUUUGAAACAAGCAAGCAAUAUGUUGGAGGAAUAAGUGAAAACUUGGAUCAUUCAGCAAGUGAUGAGAGUGAAAAUCCAGAGCAAGUUCCAUUGUUCAAUAAAGAUGCAGUUGAAGAAUGUGAUUUUGCUAAUAGUGAACAUACAAUUCUGGAAAGAAUGUGUGCUAAUACUCAUAAGAUAACUCAUAGGUGUAGUUUAGGCACAAGCCCAGUUCUAUUGACUAUGGAACCUAAUAACAGAAAAGCUCCCAGCUUUGGUGUUCGUUAUGAUGUGGAUUUAUGUGUUUGGGAACCCUGUUUUGAAGAUAACAACUUUGAAUUGAAACAUACAACAACCCUUCUAGCACUAGGAUAUAUUCAAGCAACUACAGAAAGGAAAAAAUUCCUGUGCUGUCCCUCAAAUUUUGAAUUUACAGUUAUUUGUGAUAUGAGUAGACACAUUUUCUUGUACAGACAGAACAGGAGUAUUGAAUCAGGAGAAUUGAUAAAUCGUAGAACCGGUUCAAGGCCAAAAAAAGCUGAACAGAGAGUAUUCUCUGUUCCAAAUGAAGAAAUUCUAGGUGUAUAUGCAGUUCCCUUGGGAAUAUAUAUAUUAGGGGAAACUUAUUUGAUGUAUAUUGAGGCUUAAGAUUUGUGUAUUAUGUUUUUUUUUAUUGAAAUUUGAAGUUCAAAUAAAAUUUACUAUUUAGCUAUA